AGCAAGGAAAGAAGUAAAGAUCGACACAUCGACGUGUUUUCAUCAAUCGAUAACAAACGAAUCGAUAUCUCCAUUUGAUUGAUCAACAUGAAUAAAUUUACCUUACUUGUUAUUGUGCUCUCGGCUCUGUUUGUUAUUAGCGAAACAGCUACAAUCAAAGCAGAGAUUCAUUGGCCAUGUACAUGGCAAUGUAUACCAUACAUUGUGUGUACACACAAGGACCAAAUUCGUACUGUCAUGAACUCAGUUUCCAAUAUGCUUGGCCGCAAGAAACGUAGUGCUUGUCCACCUAAUCCGAAAGGUUGCAAUUGUAACACUAUUCCACCACGAAAGGUUCCUACUUUUUAA